AUGAAAGUGUUAUUAUUGCUGUUUGUAAGUGUUAUUUGUGCUCAUGCCAAAGUUACCCCUGACUACUUCCUAUCAUGCAAAAGGACCGACCCUCAAAUUGACAAAUGUAUCUUGGACGGCAUCAACGCAAUGAAACCCCAAAUCAUAGCGGGAAUACCUGAAGUGGACAUUCCUCCGUUAGACCCAUUCACUGUACCGACUUUGAAGCUGGAUAGAACAGCUCCCAAUUUGCGGAUUAAGGCUACAAUUAAACAUGGAAUGGCUUAUGGCGCAGAGAACUUCAAGAUCGAAAAACUCAAGGUAAAUCUAAACAACAAGUACGCAGCGGAAGUGAAACUAGUAAUCCCAAAGCUGAAGGUGACCGUUGACUAUGAUAUCCGUGGUUCCCAGAUCCUGACCCUUGAUAUUAGCGGCAAGGGAAAAGCUGUUUUAAAUCUGACCGGUGUUACCGUGAUAGCGAAGGGUAUCGGCAAAUCUGUUAUCAAGGAUGAUGUUGAAUUCCUGCAAAUAGACAAAAUCGUUACUAAAGUGAGACUCAAUAACGCUCACAUUGACCUUGUCGACAGCCAAAGUCCAGUAGCAGCAUCCUCAGCAGCAUCCUUCUUCAAUGCAAGUCCACAAGUUAUACUCGACAUUCUGAACCCCCUCAUCGAAGAAACCAGUGCUAAAAUAAUAAAGGCUUUCGGUGACAAAAUAUUGGCUAAAAUACCUAUCAGCGAAGUCUUAACUGAAAAGAAAUAG